AUGCCACGGCUCGGUCCGGCGGAUUUUCCCUGCCCUGAGCCGGUCGGCCUCGUGCAGGACGCAGAUGAUUAUCAGAGACAGUUUGAUGUCAAGAACUUAUUCGCAGAAAAAGAUAUAAUACGAGAAGUGCGAAAUGACAAGAAAAUGCUGAUCCAGGCGGGAAUUCCCCAAAGCGCAGAAGAAAUCAAGGAAGAGUUGAUGCGCGAGAUCCCGCCGCCCGAAAAGCACGAGUACGUCCAAGACAUUCGAGACAGCGUCGCCACCUCAAAAGACAACGACAUACACAACUACGAUUACGAAAAGUACCUCGAAGACCUCGAGUUUCCACCAAACAUUAAAAUCCAAAGCAUCAUCAACCGCGUUCUAAAUACAAAAACGACCCUCCAUCGCCUUCGAAAAGCGCCGCAAAACAUCAUGAACUCAAAAGAACUUCAAAAUCUAUCGAACGCGUUUCUCUGGUGGAUCUACGAGCGAGAAUUCGGCCAGUGUCGGCGAGAGUUACUGAACGAAAUCUAUAGAAAAAUGGCGUACUCGUUUGUUUCGCUGCUAAACAUUCAAGCAGGGAACGCCCGCGACGACAUUCUAGACCACCUGCCGACCAUCGUCGCCCAAAUUGUUUGGCUCGCGCUCUGGCAUCAGUUUACCGACGACUGGGCAACACUGGCUCGGCCCGUAUUCUUAUCGGCUUUGGUGCACGAUUGUUUUAUGCAAAUCUCGGGCACACCACCGGAAAUCGCUUGUUGGAGACACUGGCCUUUUAUUGAGCUUAUAGAAAACGAAGAAGAACCUAUCCCCGUGGAAAUCCAAACAUUGCUUGCUACCUCCCCUCAAAUCAUCCAACACAACCUUCGCAAAUUUAAACCCAAGUCAACCAAUCUCGACGAGGAUGAAAUCAUAGAAAAGCCAAAAACUAAAGCAGAAAGAAUCCUCGAAAAUACUGCUAAGCCUUCCAGUGAGAGUCUGCUGUCUCUUGGAGACGAAAGUACUGUGGCGACUGAAAGUGUCGAUUUGAGAAGCGAAGCGCCGCCGAAAAUGAUGAAUUUUGUAACGAAAAACUUCGAUAUCGGGACUCACUCACCUUUGUAUCGUUACCUUGUGGAGACGCGUCGGACAUUCCAGAGGAAGGCGAAACGAAUUGAGCUGGGGAUCAUCCCCGACAUUCGCGGCUUCGAGAGCAAACUCAACUUAGCCGACCAAGUCGUUGAGCAUGUGAAAAUACAGAAAAAUCGCGGGAACGAGCAGAUAAAAGAAAAGCGAAAACUCGAUGUUAAGGAAGUCGACAAGAUGAGAAAAGAAAUCGCAACUCUGAGCAAACGAAUCGAACACGCAAAAAGAAUCAAAGACAAAGACCUUCUCAACACGACGCUGAAAGAAGCAAACGCUUUUCUCCAAGAGCAAAAAGCCGCCGAACUCCUGCGCGAGCACCAAAACAAAAUGCCCAUUCCCGAAUAA